AUGAGCGGUUUCGGCUUUUAUAUGCAGUACCUGGAAAGUCUUUGCCGUCGUCGAGGUUGGCGGGACCCCAUGUAUGAAUGUUACCAGGACCACAAUGGCUUCACUUGCUUGGUGUUGGUGAACGGACGCGAAUACCAAACGGAUCUUGCCUACGAAUCAGACAUGCUGGCCCAGGAGAACGCCGCCAUGCGGGCUUUCAUGGUCUGCCGCAACUUUUCGGUCAACGGAGGUAUGCUGGCCCGCAACGGAAUUGUCCAAGGGCUUCCUGCCGACGAGAGCAACCGCAAGCAGAGGAGGGGACGUCAGGCGUCGUCCAGCCACGCAAAGCCCAGCCAGAACCGCAGAUCGUCGGGCACCCAUUCCAGCAGCUCGUCCACUGCUUCUUUCGAAUAG